UAGCGAGCCCAGCUGACAAAAUAGCUGUAUCAAACGGCUAAUGGAGCAACGUUGUACUAACCGAGGGUUUAGCGAAUUAUCUCUUGUAGAAAUGGUUUUUAACUGAGUAUAGCAACACCGGGUGUUCUAAAGCUGCAAGUUAUGUCAUAGAACCGCUUCGCUCGCUUCCUGCAAACAUAGCCAUCGUCAUGCUGAGGGGCUCAUGGCCUAGUUUGACUCCUAGCUACUGAGCUAAGUGGCUAGUAAUAAUGAGCUCCUGCACAGUCUAUCUAUUAUACCACAUAAAUGGUUCGGAGGAAUUGUCCCUGUCUCGAUAUCAUUGCUAAGUUCUGGAAAUACGUCAAAGGUUAAGGAGCGUGUAUAUUAAAGCAGCCAAGCAUACCGAGCUAAUGCUAACAUUAGACAACACAGGCUGCCUCAGCCAAACAGAGCACGGCUAGCCUGUACAAAACAAGGCAGCGCCGAAGAGCAGCGUUUGCUUUUGGUUACAGCCGUGUAUAAUACUAUACAUAGACCAAGAUCAGCUCCAGUAUCGUGAAACACAAAGGAUUUAUUUAGGCAGUGAAUGCAGGAGUUAAUGCAUGCGGCCUGCAAUAUUGUUAGCGAGCAGCGCAAAGUAAACACGACCAGGCUGUCCCACAGGAAACGGUAGCGGAAGACGCCCCGCGGAGGACUUUGAAAGACCUCUUUGUGAUGCCAGACUGUGCGGUUCAUUCAUGGUCGCUCUGAGCCGGCAGAUUAUCUCCACAGCACACACAAACACCCACACAUUAAUUUAUAUAUUUUAACAUUUAUCUUCAUUUUAAUAUGCGCGACCUCACAGGCCACUUUUAUAUUAUCUACUUUAGAAUCCUAAGUCGUAUCAGCAGUAAAUCACUGUGUAUACGGAGAUGUUGGCUAUUUACAGUGAGAUGCUGAAUUUCCCAAAACUUUCCAUAGCCUAGUUUACUUCCAGAACUCUGUUAUGAUUUGGAGCAGCUGGCAUCACCAGCAAAACUACCCCUCUGGCUGAGAGAGCUCAAUAGAUUUCAGCUUUAAAAAAACAAAUGUGAUAGCACAACUGUACUGCUAAUGCAGAAAUGCCACAAGAUGUUGACAGCAGCAUGCCCUCACAGAAAAUUAGCCCGCUACAUUCAUGUCAGUUGUAACAUUCUGAUUGCCCAAUUCCAGCAUUACACAAAGCUGUACGUCCAGUGUCAGCCUUGUACUAGUUACCAGUGUUUCCAUCAGUUUUUAGUGGGCAUGGAAAACUUGCUUUGUUGUGUAUCAUUUGCAGUCUCUCUGUAUUUGUCAGUAUUUUGUGUUUAUAUGCUCAGUGGGUUAAAUUGUUCAGUGUGUUUCUCAGUUGGCAGCAGUUUCUCUUAUUGCAUUUACAACGUUGUGAAGAUGCUUUCUUCAUUUUCUUGUGGUGUUGUCCUCUUGCAUUUAUUUUCUUAGGUUUCCAUGAGCACUCAACAAACUUAGCAAACCAGGAUGAAGAAUUGCAUUUACAAAAGACAAAGUAAAAUGAUAUAAUUAAAAUAAGCCGAGUUCGACCAUUAGCUGGUGCGAUCAGCUCCCCUCGUCCUCAGCAGCCCUCUCCAGCUCCAGUCUCUCCUCAACAUCACUCUCCAGUUCCAGUCUCUCCAUGGAGUCCCGACCGCCAGCACCUGCUACAACAGCAUCAGAUGACAUGGAAUCAGAUGAGAGACCGUAUGUCUGCGACCUGUGUAGCUGCGCAUACAAGCACGCCAGCUCCCUGCUCAACCACAAACUCACCCACAAGACUGGAGACUUCAGGUGCGACUUUUGCAGCAAGCCCUACACCAACUACAUGUCCCUGCGCAACCAUAUGCGAAUCCAUGGUCAGAAGCGCUACAUGUGUGACUUGUGUGGGAAGGCCUUCCGCCUGGCUCGGUACCUCCGUAACCACCAGAGGAUCCACGAUGACGGGCCCAAUCGCUUUGAUUGUCCCUCUUGCUGCAAGAGCUACAGGACCAUGCUGGAGCUUGCCCAGCACCGCUGCAGUGCUGCUGCGUCUAACCAGAACCGGUUCAACUGCCCGUCCUGCUUUAAGAGCUACCGAACCAUGCUGGACCUGGCCCAGCACCGCUGCAGCGCCGUGGCCAAAAACCAGUCUGGCAGUCGUCGUUCCAAUUUCUCCGCCACACCUCGGCGUCAGCAGCAGCAGCAGCAGCAACAACAGCAGCAGCAGCAGCAGCAGAACAGUGCUAACUCCAUGAUGCAACCGCAGCAUGGAGGACACGGCCAGCAGGAGCCUCUGCCCUCCCACUGCGUUUCACCAAUGUCUCAGGGAGGGCAGGGCGGCAGUGUGGCCAGCCAGUCUGUGCCUGACCCCCACCAGCAGGGCCGUCCCAGCUCAGUGUCCUCCCAGAGCAGCCAGCAGAGCAUGAGGAGCUCAUCCUCCAACAAACACGUCUCCUCCUCCAGCACCACCCCAUCCUCCUCCUACUCCCUGCUCCAGCCCCUGGUGCCUGAGGUAAAGGAGAUGAGUGCGGGAUACACUAGGCUGAGCGCCAACCCCAUGCCGAAGCACCAGGACACUUUCUCUCUGGCCCCUCAGCGACCCCUCACCACCAUCAACCCCAUUGGCCACUCCCUUCAUCCGAACGGAGCACCCACGCUCAAGCCCUCUCCUGUGCCACGCACCAUCCAGGCCAUGCCCUGGGAGCAGCGCUCCCUCUACAAUCAAUGAGACCCCCAGGAAUCAGUUACCUCCCUUCACGUUGCAUCCACCACCUUCCCUACACGCCCUCUUCCCCACCCCAUUCGGAUCCAGCAUCAAGGAUGGAGGACUUCAGAGACCCCUCCACCACCUCACCCCUCCUUUGGAACGUUGUUUGGGAUCAGGGAAGGGCACUGUUGAGAACUAGUCGAGAUUGAUUACUGAGUAGCUAGGUUAAAAAUGUGUUGCCUUGACCCUCAUGUAUGAUCUAUGCCAUGUACUGAAUAUAAGUUAAAAUGUCCCCAUAUCUGUCCCCUCACUAAGAAUUUAUCUCCCCGUCCUUCUCUCCCAUUCUAGUUAUGAAAAUAUCUAUCUCCAUUAUGAAUAGUGUCUCUCCUCACCCCCACUCCCUUUAUCCAUAUGUUAAAUGAAACAAAAAGCUAUUUGUGUUCCAAACCCAGAAUCCUGAAGUUGUCAAAGUAAAUGUGACAAAAUUCUCCCUUCAGUUUGAUAUGUUUUUGAACAUAAAACCCGACUUCUUUGUUAGAUGAGGCUUCUGGAAAGUAAAGGGAACGGGGAAACAUGAACUUUUUUCUUUUUUUUUUUACGUACCCCUUCAACAUGCUCCAGAAUGAACAUUGUGUAUAUUGUACGUUAGGAGGUGUCAUGACUAUUUCAGAAAGUCGUUUCCGUUCUAUUUGACAUUACAGCACCCACACCUCUCAUCUCUGAGCACCGACAGCAAGGACCACGACAGAAACAACCAGGCCGACUGUUGUUCAGAAAGACAUUUCCGACAUGUACAUGCCAGUUUGGCUUCUCUGUGUUGUGAAAAGACUGAAGCCCAGCUGUUGAAAUGGACCUCUUCACUACCCAGCCACAGCCACAGCCACAGCCACGGAAUAAGGACAUUUUGGUGCAGUUUUCCUUUUUUUUUUUUUUAACACACAACUGAAAGUUCACUUUUCCCUUAACUUGCAUCUGACUGGUGGCAUGUUGUUACUGUAGUUUUGAUAAUCUGUUGGCUGGGAAUCAAAUGUAGAAGAUAACAGAACAGGUCUCCAUCCCUUUUGUUCCAAACUGACCAUUAACAUGUUUGUUCCUUUCACUUUAAAGCACUUUAAGAAAAGUGCUGUAUAAUUAUUACUAUUAUUGUCUCUACCACCCUCCCCCACCCUCUGUCUAGAGCUGUGUCGGCUGUAAAGAUGUAACAUUGCCUUACAUCAACCCCUCACCACUACUCACUCACAUGAUCACCAGUGACUUAGCAGCAGAACUGGGCCUGGUUUGUGCCCAUAACACAGCUGUAUCUGAAAACUGCAGUGGCCAAAAAACAGUAUGUUUGCAGGUCUGAGCCCCCAAACACACCCUCACCCCAACUCCAACACACCUUCCAGUGUUGCUUUUCUUGUAGAAAAAAAAAACAUCAUGUCUGCAUCUCACUGCUCCCAGGAUGGAUUUACUUAACACCUACCUGCAGGGUGUUUCAAUAAGCAGCCAAUCAUAGUUGGCUGGAUAAAUCCAAAUACAUACUGAAAAGAUGAAGUGUUUUGCAAACAGUCAAUUUGAUAAAUAAGUUUGUCAUGGAUCCAGUAGGUAGUUACGUUAGGUUAUCUUGCUAACAUGGUGCUCAUUGAAAUACCCACAAUUCUACUGACAUUGUAUUUUCUCUUUUAAAAGUUGUUUCUAUUUUUAUUCAUGACAUUUUCAUUGUUGCUUUCUUUCUCCUUGUAAAGUGUCUUUGAGUAUUUAGAAAAGUGCUAUACAAAUAAAAUGUUUUAUCAUUAUCA